UACACCUAGCUUCUUUUCUCUACACUCACCUCCCAUUACAAUCCCCAAACUCCUUCAUCUACAGAACCGUCCGAUUCACUUACUUUGACUAUCUUCUCUCGAUCGGACCACUCACAGUCCACAAACAUAUUUCAAAUCACGACCCUCACUCACUCCAUAUAUAAUAAUCCACCUUCCUCUGCUCCACACACUCUCUCUCAAAAACCCUAAAUGGCAGAAACAGGAGUUGUGGCGGUGUACGGCGAAGUAGCCAUGACCGAGACAACGAAGCAGAAAUCUCCCUUCUCCGUCAAGGUAGGUCUCGCUCAGAUGCUCCGAGGCGGUGUUAUCAUGGACGUCGUCAACGCAGAACAAGCUCGAAUCGCUGAAGAAGCAGGUGCCUGCGCCGUCAUGGCUCUUGAACGUGUUCCUGCUGAUAUCAGAGCUCAAGGCGGCGUUGCUCGCAUGAGCGACCCGGAGAUGAUCAAGGAGAUUAAAAACGCGGUGACGAUUCCGGUGAUGGCUAAAGCUAGGAUUGGUCAUUUCGUCGAAGCUCAGAUCCUUGAAGCAAUCGGAGUUGAUUACGUCGACGAGAGUGAAGUACUCACACUAGCCGACGAAGACAAUCACAUCAACAAGCAUAACUUCAAGAUCCCUUUUGUUUGUGGUUGUAGGAACCUCGGUGAAGCUUUAAGGCGGAUCCGUGAAGGAGCCGCCAUGAUUAGAACCAAAGGUGAGGCUGGAACUGGAAACGUCGUUGAAGCCGUUAGGCACGUGAGGAGUGUGAACGGAGCUAUUCGUUUGCUUCGUAACAUGGACGACGACGAGGUUUUCACUUUUGCUAAAAAGAUCGCUGCGCCGUAUGAUUUGGUUGUGCAGACGAAGGAGCUUGGAAGGUUACCUGUGGUUCAGUUUGCUGCUGGUGGAGUGGCGACGCCGGCGGACGCGGCGCUGAUGAUGCAGCUGGGGUGUGAUGGGGUGUUUGUUGGGUCGGGUGUAUUCAAGAGUGGGGAUCCGGUGAAGAGGGCUAAGGCGAUUGUUCAGGCGGUUACAAAUUAUAGAGAUGCGGCGGUGUUGGCGGAGGUGAGCUGUGGGUUGGGUGAAGCAAUGGUUGGUCUUAAUUUGGAUGAUAAGGUUGAGAGGUUCGCUAGCCGCUCUGAGUAAACCAAUCAGAUGUCACAUGUUUUUAAUUUUUAUUUUUAUUAAAAGGUUUUUAUGAAAAUUAAAAUAUUCUGUUUGUAAGAGAAAUUGGUUGUCUUAUUUCAUGAAAUUAUACUUUGUGGCAAAUUCCAAUAUUA